UGCAGUAUGUAGGUCAUAAUAAAAAGCAGCUUUUUCACCAGCUUUCGAUGGACUGCAUGGCCCAGUGCUGUGGUUGAUUAGUUUGUGGUACUUGUGCUGUUAAGAGUAGUGGUAUUAAAGCCAGCUCACACCUCCUUUUUAAAGAUAUCGCACGUUCCGUGCUAGACAGAGCACAACACACCCAUUGUGUCCCUCCGUUUGGCGUUCAAUAAAAGGAAGGAAACGAGCACUCCACAUGGAGCACCAGCACAUUAAUAGCGCAAGACGGUUAAACUUUUAUUGAACAAUCCCAGGGAUUCUGAGAUAAUCUGCUGAAGGGGUCACACAGUCAGUGGUUUAGAGAACUGCCUUCAUCUGUGAUCUAGAAAGUGGAAUAUGCCUUUACACAGUGGUACUGCAUGAAUAUUUAUGAUUGAGUCUGUAAUUAUGAGGAAAAUUAUAAACAAGCAGAGCUAAGAUGUUGACUCUUGCAUGUGAGUUAAAUUAAUUUCUUCAGAGAAACCUUCAUAAAGGGCUAAAUAAACAAGGUCUACAUACACAGAAAUUUCUUUCUUCUGCUGCAUUUGAGACACAGCUAAACUCAUCUGUCUGGAAAUCUGAAGAUUUUUAUAGCAAAUCCUCCAGUGUCAAAAUGAACACAGAUAGCGGUGGGUGUGCUCGCAAACGUGCUGCAAUGUCUGUCACAUUAACUGCUGUGAAGAGAGUUCAGAGUUCUCCAAACCUAUUGGCCUCAGGGUCUGAUUCUCAGUCUCCAGAUUCAGCUUGGCGAUCUUACAAUAAUGGCAGCAGAGAGACCCUGAAUGGAGACGCUAGCAGCUCAUCUCUUUCAGCAAAAGGUUUCAGGAGCGUGAGGCCAAAUCUGCAGGAUAAAAAAUCACCAACUCAGGCACCUCUGCCACCUCCUAGAAAAGAAAGCUUUCAGAAAGCAAGAGUAACUAAUCACGAGAACGAAAUGAAUCUCCAGGCAGUAACUGCUGGUCCAGCUGAACACCUCCUCACAGAUACUGCCUAUUACACUAGUGAGACGUUUGUGCAGGAGACAAUGUCUUCUCAAAUAUCCAACACAAGUGUGUCCUAUGCACAAAAAAUCAUUAAACCACUGACCUCAGUCUCCAGUGCAGACACAAGCACAGUAGCUGGCAUUAAUACUACUCUCCAUCAAGGCCAAAGGCAACAGUCUCAAAAACGUAAGAUAUCUACCCUGAAAUUAACCCGGACACGUGAGCCAGAAAGUCUCACUCCUUAUAAUUCACAGCAACAGCUCAAGCCUGUUGAAGAGCCAGUAUUUUCACAAAGGCCUGUCUCACCUGCCUGUAACCCCAUGCCUGAGGUACACACAGCAUCUCUUUCCGUUCAGAUAGUUCCCACCCCUGACAAUAAAGCAGAGCCUGAAAUCCAAGAUCAUCCACCUAGUAUUUCUCCAGACACUUCAAAGAUGUCUUCAAAGGAUAUGGGACAAAAGUCUACAGUUCUUCCUUCUUCACAGGCUGCAGAAUGCCAUGUGCUUGGAAACCAGAAAGUAACUGCCCCUGUGAUGGAGGUAAAUGCUUCACAGACACACAGACAAACAUCAACAGAAGCUUCUCCACUGCCUCUUCCUUCUCCUGUGGUACCAGUUAACAGAGCCUCUUUCUCACCAGACAGUGGCACCCACCUAGUACCAUAUUCUUUGCCAACGCUUGACGAUUUUUUGCCUUCACGCUUUUCUAAACCCCCAGCCCUGUCCCAGUGCCUGUGCCAAUGCCCGUGCCCGGCUGCUGCCAGCGCUGCGCAGAGGAGCGGAGCAGCCUCUGUGAGCGCCGACUCUGCCCUGAGCGAGGGCUCCUCGCGCACGGCGAGCGAGUCCUCCACAGCCAUCCUAGAUGAGCUGCAGACUUGUAGCUAUGACACCACUGACUGCUCUGAAACACCUUCCCCAACCUUGAGCCAGAUGUCUGCUGUGUCAGAUGGCACCACCUUAACCAACACUGCUGCCACUUCUCAUGCUCAGAUCACAGUGAAUGGGAAUUCUGGCACUGCUGCCAGCCCAGUGAGUCACUUUCAAAGGCCUUUUUCCCCUUCUUCAGCUUACCCUCCACCAGCUUCACUCAAUUCCAACAUUGUUAUCAUGCAGCAUGGCAGGAUGAUGGAGUCCACAGAGACAUACUCACAGCAUGUUCAAAAUGUUGGCACCACCACCACCACCAGUACAAUACCAAUCUGUAGAUCCUCAGAAGAAGAAAAAAAAAUUACAGUAAUUAAAGCUCCACAUUAUGCAGGGAUUGGCCCGGUAGAUGAAUCUGGAAUCCCUACAGCAAUUAGAACGACAGUUGACAGGCCAAAGGAUUGGUACAAGACAAUGUUCAAGCAAAUCCAUAUGGUUCAUAAGCCUGAUGACGACACAGACUUGUAUAAUACUGCAUAUGCAUACAAUACUGGUAGCUACAGUCCAUCCUUCUCUGCUCAGGCACACCCAGCUGCAAAGACACAGACAUACAGACCACUGUCCAAAAGUGCUUCUGACAGUAGCUCCGAUGCCUUUAAGGUCUCGUCCCCUUUGCCACCCCACGUGCCACCACCAGUACCACCACAUCGUAUGAGGCAACGGUCUACACCAGAAAAGAACGACUGGGAUCCUCCUGACAGAAAGGUAGAUACUCGCAAGUUCCGUUCUGAACCAAGAAGUAUUUUUGAGUAUGAGCCAGGAAAGUCAUCCAUCCUUGAACACGAAAGACCGACUGAUCGCAUAAACCCAGAUGACAUAGAUUUAGAAAACGAACCCUGGUAUAAAUUCUUUUCAGAGCUGGAGUUUGGACGUCCGCCACCUAAAAAGCUUUUGGACUAUGUUCAAGACAGUUCUUCUGGUGUUUCCAAUGAGGCUUCCUUAUAUCAUCACUAUUCAACAGACAGAGGCUUGGACAGGCCCUCCAGUUCUGCAAGUACUGCAAGUGACUACAGAAAGAGAAGGAAGUCAGAGCCUGCUGUAAGUCACCAGAGGGCACACAGCGAUCAGAACGCCAACAGAGCUAACCUGGGCCGUACAGACACACAGGGCUCAUGUUCCACCCUUAGGAAGCCUUUAACUAGCUCAUCUCCUUCUUCUCCAUCACGAGCUAAAGGUGGGGAUAUUAGCAAAGUAUAUCCAUCCCUUUUAAGUUACUCAGUGCACAACCACAACACCUCAAAUGAAUUAGAUUACUGUAGCACUUACAGACAACAUUUAGCUGUUCCAAAUGAUUCAAGAAGGGCAACCAGCUACAAGAAUGGCUGGCAAAUGACUCGGCAAAAUGCAGAAGUCUGGAGUAGCACAGAGGAAGCUGCUUCUCCAAAGAGGAAAUCUCGUAGCUGUGAUGACCUGUUGACAGAUGAUCACGAUAACUAUCCCGAUGCACAGGCCAAGGCUGAAAGCAUGGGCUCUCUCUUGUGUGAGGAGGACUCCAAAGAAAUUUGCUCAAUGAACUGGAACUCCCCAUAUGUUGAGGGCCGUGGUAGUGGUAGGUCAAGAGUUCGUCACAGAUCUGCACAUGAUGCUCCAGGUUUCCUGAAGAUGUACAAAAAGAUGCACCGCAUCAAUCGCAAGGACUUGAUGAAUUCUGAGGUGAUUUGUUCUGUCAAGUCCAGAAUACUGCAAUAUGAAAAAGAGCAGCACAAAGGUAUACUUCAAGGCUGGAGAGAGUCUUCUACUGAGGAGGUGCCCAGAGACAUGGUGCCAACCAGAAUAUCUGAAUUUGAAAAGUUAAUUCAGAAGUCAAAAUCAAUGCCGAACCUUGGUGAUGACAUGUUGUCAACUGUUACAUUAGAGCCUCCUAAAAAUGGCUUGUGUCCACAGAGGCGAUUUUCUAUCGAAUCCCUGCUGGAAGAAGAAACUCCAGUCAGACAUCCCUCUCAGGUACAACGGAGCUACAAGUCUAAAACCCUGGUGCCAAUUCAUAUUGAAGUGACCAGUGAUGAGCCACAACGAUCACAUAUAGAUUUUUCAGACAGCGAUCAAGAUGGAGUGGUUUCUGAUCUCAGUGACUUUAUCCAGAUAGAGGGUUCAUCCUUUUGUAGUGAAAGUGACUUUGAUCACUUUUCCUUCACUUCAUCUGAAAGCUUUUAUGGAUCAGGCCAUCACCACCACCACCACCACCACCACCACAGGCAUCUCAUCAGCUCCUGCAAAGGGCGAUGCCCAGCAUCCUACACCCGGUUCACCACCAUGCUAAAACAUGAAAGGGCUAAGCAAGAAACCACUGAAGAUCCAAGGAGACAGGAGGCAGAAUCCGGCCUGUCUAAGAUAGCAUUCCUCGUCAGUCCAGUGCCUUUCCGGAGGAAAAAAAGUGCAGCUCCUAAAAAACAAACUGAAAAGAAAAAAUGCAAGUCAUCUGUGUUUGAAGCACUAGAUUCUGCACUUAAAGACAUCUGUGACCAAAUCAAAGCUGAAAAAAGGCGGGGAAGCUUGCCCGACAACAGUAUAUUACACAGACUUAUUACUGAGCUGCUUCCAGACAUUCCAGAAAGGAAUUCAUCUCUUAAAGCUCUGAAAAAGAGUCCCACGCACCAGCCUUUUCAUCCACUGCCUCAAGAUGGUGCUAUCCAUUGUCCACUGUACCAGAAUGAUUGUGGAAGAUUACCUCUUAGUGCCUCUUUUCCAGACAUGGAUGCAACUAACAACAAUGAUAGUGCACUGUGUUUCCAAGUAGACCAGGAGUCUCCUGGAAGCUAUUCUUCUGCUUUCACUGAUGUGGGACGAUGUACUCCAAGGGAGAGAAGAGGAACUGCAGACAAAGAGAAACUGCCAGCUAGAGCUGUAUAUGACUUUAAAGCUCAAACUUCUAAAGAGCUGUCCUUUAAGAAAGGAGAUACUGUCUAUAUCCUCAGGAAAAUUGAUCAAAACUGGUAUGAGGGUGAGCACCAUGGAAGAGUUGGAAUAUUCCCAAUUUCUUAUGUUGAGAAACUUUCUCCUCCAGAAAAAGCACAGCCUGCCAGGCCACCUCCCCCUGCACAGAUUGGAGAGAUUGGAGAAGCUGUUGCCAAAUAUAAUUUCAGCGCAGACACAAAUGUGGAGUUAUCACUUAGAAAGGGAGACAGAGUAAUUCUUCUUAAGCGAGUUGAUCAAAACUGGUAUGAAGGUAAAAUACCAGGAACCAACAAACAAGGCAUCUUCCCUGUCUCCUAUGUAGAAGUCAUCAAAAAGAAUCCAUCAAAAGGUGUAGAUGACUAUCCUGACCCUCCAAUACCCCAAAGCUAUUCUAGUGACAGAAUACAUCAUUUAAGUUCAACUAAGUUGCCUUCCCAAGCACUGACCCCACUUUCCAGACAACCAUCAUCUUGGUCACACAUUGAUGAAAAGAUUCUCCAGGUUGACUGUAGUGACUUGUUCUCAAGGACUGUUGGGUUUUCACCUUCAGGCAUGUGCAACUUAACUUCUCCAUCAGUUUCAGACAGCUUUCUUUGUGACUUAGAAGAACUCAGUUCUUUGGCAUUAGCAACCUCCCAAACUGUAGCAAUCUCCCCAGGUAAUAGCAUUCACCACGUUAAGGAUGGUCACUUUAUGCCAAAUACAGAGGUGUUUCUCAGCUCUCCUACAGAUCUCCCUCUGUCCUCUCUUGUAUCUCCCUCUGUCUCAUCUUCAGCCAACUCAUCUCAUGAUAUAGCAUAUAAGCAUGUCACCAACAAUACCAAGUCAGGAAAAGAUAAAGACAUAGAAAGCAUAAUUGACCCUUUAGUUAUUGAAGAACCUAGAGAUUUGUCAGAUACUACAAGAGAAGGUGAACGUGGGGCUAUGCGUAACAUCCAUUCGCCAUAUGAAGAAGGUUCCUUGUCCAGUGUGCUAGCUGCAAGUGCUGAAAACGAAGAGGAAAUCUGCACUGCAGACCUGUCACUUAAUAGAGGGGAUCAGUCAGAACCUCAAGAAUCAGAUUUCUCCGGAGAAGCACAAGACACAACAGAAGAACUGACUAGACUGUAUAUAGAGGAGGAUCUAGUACAUGACAGUUUAGAAUUCCCAACAGCAAGUGAAGAAGAUUCUAUGGAUUGUUAUGAAGGAUAUACUUCACCAAAUAUCUUUAAGGCACCUACUUCCCACUCCGUUCCUACAGUAUCCCUGUCUACUGCUUCCCUCUCUGCUCCUCUCCUCUCUAAACCCUUACAUCAGCAGGAGAAAGACUCACUACAGUUAAAGGCUAAUUUAAAGAGGGAGCUAUUUGUUAUGGGUAAACCUCCUCGUAGCCCAGUGAUGACUAAGAGAUCCUGCAGCUCACCUGUCAGAGGUCACAGCUAUUCACACAGGCCACAACGCCCUGUGCUUUCUCAUGAAAAUAUACACGGUGGGGGGGAACCGUUUCAGGCUCUAUAUAACUAUACUCCUAGGAACGAAGAUGAAUUGGAGCUCAGAGAGGGAGAUGUCAUUGAUGUGAUGGAAAAAUGUGAUGAUGGAUGGUUUGUGGGAACCUCAAGAAGAACCAAAUUGUUUGGUACUUUCCCUGGAAACUAUGUCAAGAGGCUGUGAAAUUUUUUUUUCAACUUAUUUAUGCUGCAUCUCUGCAACACAUCUGCAUAAAGCUGCUAGAAAACA